UUUAGACACAUGACUCAUCAUCUGCUAACUAUCACCGUGAUAGUGUAUUCAGAUGCUUCUAAAUAAUCUCUUAAUGGGUUUAUUAUCAAGUUUAUUCAGCAACAUUGAGAGUCCAUUUUAGAAGUGGGUCUUGACAAAUUUCUACUCAUAACGCGGAUAUCCGCGCUACAUUGAGAAGUUUUCAAAAUGGCUACUUGUAACACUGUUGUUUUACUUAUGUGCCUGUUUAUGACUGUCGAAGAGGUACUAACUAGUCAAUAUGUUUUCAACGAUCAAAAAACGCCAGCAUUUAAAGACUAUGAGAUGUUUCAGGAUAUCUUCCCUCUAAGUGAGGGAAACUUUUCCGGCUUAGUGAUUAAGCGCCCUGACCCAUGGAUCGUCAUUUUUCACACUGGCAUGCUGGAGCGAAGCUGGAAGUCUAUGGCCGUCAGCCUGAGGGGUGUGGUCUGGGUCGGCAUGAUCGACCUCAACAACAACGAACAACUGCUUCAAGAAAUUGGCUACAGUGCUGACAAUGACAGUGAUGCACGUGUGUACAAGUAUGGCACCAAGAAAACAAAAUUAAAAUCCUGGCGUCGAGUUAGUGACCCUAACACUGCAAGAUCAACGGCUGUCAGUUCCAUCCCAGAUACAACCUUGCAGCUGACCUCUGAUGACCUUGAAGACUUCUUGAUUGACAGUUACAUGUCGAAGCCCUCUCGAUUCCCUGCUGUCUUCAUAACAGAAGAGAGGGAAUCUUCAGCCAUGAUGAAAGCUCUGUCACUUCGCUUCCAAAAAUACUUCAGUUUCGGCAGGAUUGUACAACCAUCUUCGGCAGGUCUUCGUGGUCUUGGAAUGGAAAAGUUUUACAAGGACAUGCCUACUCUGCUUGUUCUCAUGACCAGUGGUGGGGAGAGUAUGGAAUCCCCACAAUUCAACGCCACCUUUGAUAAGAAAGCAAUGGGAGAAUUUAACUAUCCCAACAUUUUAGCGUUUUUGUUUUCCGUUAAUCGUGAGUUCCGUCACCUCAUGCCGGGGGACAGUGGGUCUGAUCGGAGGGAGACAGUUGAAAUGGACGAUGUUGUGGAGAUUGAGUCACUGAGGUUUGAUGUUAAGGGCCUCCAUCACUCAACAGGGAGCAAAAAAGUUCUUUAUGAGGAAGUCAGUGACUUGCAGAUGGAAGAGACUAUUCACAAAAGAAUACCUGAUGAAUUGUAGAGCACAACAUCUGAGUCAGCAUAUUGUAUUAUCUGAUAUAAUCCCUUCAUACCCUCUAAUGCAAAUUCCUAUAAUGUACGCAUCUAACAACUAAAAUGUCUACACAUGAUGUUUACUGCUAUAAUAUCCAUAUGGUUUUAUUAAAUGUUAUCCACAUGACAACACGGGCUAUAAUAUACUAUGUACCUAGACAUUAACAGCUAUACUAUCAAUGUUAUUGUAAGAUAUAAUACAAUAAUGGUAACGUACAUGACAACAUUGGCUGUAAUAUGUAUGUAGACAAUAACAGCUAUACUAUCAACUUUAUGUUUACAGAUAUAAUAUAAUAUGGUUAUGUACAUGACCUAAAUAGGCUGUAACAUAUGCAUUAGACAUUAACAGCUAUAAUAUCAACGUAUGAUGUCUACAGCUAUGAUACCUACACAUUCUUUGACAAACAUAAUAUCUACAAAUGAUGUUACCAGCUGAAAUAUCAGCAUCUAUUGUUAAAGUCUAUCAUAAUUUUGUAAGAUAUUAACACACCAUCAUCCAUGUAUAUCAUCAGCUAUAUUAUCCUUGACAAAUAUUUUCAGUGGUUAUAUUUAGGUAUGAUGUUAAUAGCUAUAAAUAUGAAGGUAUCAUACAAACUGUAAUGACUAAUGUAGUAAUGAUGGUAACAGCCAUAAUAUGUAGGUAUGAUGGUAACAGCCAUAAUAUGUAGGUAUGAUGGUAACAGCCAUAAUAUGUAGGUAUGAUGGUAACAGCCAUAAUAUGUAGGUAUGAUGGUAACAGCCAUUAUAUGUAGGUAUGAUGGUAACAGCCAUUAUAUGUAGGUAUGAUGGUAACAGCCAUUAUAUGUAGGUAUGAUGGUAACAGCCAUUAUAUGUAGGGAUGAUGAUAACAGCCAUUAUAUGUAGGUAUGAUGAUAACAGACAUUAUUUGUUGGUAUGGUUGUAAGAGCUAUAAUAUCUGGGUAUGAUAUGACAACCAUUAUAUGUUGGUAUGGUUUUAAGAGCUAUAGACCACCUCCGUGGUGUAGUGGUUAGAUUGUCCGCCCGGAGAGCAGAAGGUCAUGGGUAUGAUCCCUGGCCGCGUCAUACCAAAAGACGUUAAAAUAUGGUA